UGUGUGUGAGUGUGACUGCUGCUCUCUUCUGUAAGUGAUGGUGGUUUUUGUGAGCGGCUGUAUGGUGACGAGUUCUCCUUAAACUCUCAGCAGGAGGAAAGUUAAGGUAAGGCCUGUUGAAGCUGUGAGAUCUCCACCAUCAGAGAGAGAGGACGGUGACGGAGGCAGCAGAAGGAUGAAGUCCAAAGGGAAGGCAGUGAAACUCUCCAGGAGGACCUGGUCUGACCCCGAGCCUGAACUGGAACCAGACACAGAGCCGGGCUCCAGUGAGCAGGAGGGCUCCGAGGCUUCAGUCCGGAUUGGCGGCUCCUGGAGGGGGUCACUGAGGGCCGGGGAAGGCAAGCGUCCAGGAGGUGGAGGCCGUCGGCGUAGGCAACGCGGCUCCAGCAGCAAGGAACGCAGCGUCCGGCGACUGGAGAGCAAUGAGCGUGAACGCCAGCGAAUGCACAAACUCAACAACGCCUUCCAGGCACUGCGAGAGGCCAUCCCCCACGUCAAGACCGACAAGAAGCUGUCAAAGAUUGAGACACUCACCCUGGCCAAGAACUACAUCAAGGCCCUCACCACCAUUGUGGUGGACAUGUCUGGGGCCUGCCUGCCCACCGGCGGGGGUGUCCCUUCAGAGGCCAGUGCUGCCAAGCUGCUGCAGUGCUACCAGCAUCACCUGGAGGAGGAGGGGGAGGACGACCUCACCCAGUACCUCACCCACAUGCACAGCUUCAGCCAGGGCAGCUAACACAGGCUGAGGUGUGCCCUGCUGCAGGAAAUGAGAAACCCAAACUUUUCUAACUUUAUGAAGAAUAUUUGAGACCCGACUACCAAGCAGACACAGAGACUGCAGACUGGAUGCUGGUGAUGAAGAUUCAUUAGUUGUACUCGGAGAGGAAGGGCUCAUUCUGUCUCUUUAUCUGUCGUCGAGGCAGAAACUUGUUCUCUUUUGUGUUAUCUUGUGAUCUCCUUGUGUGCUUUCUGUUGAGAAACCUGCUGAGCGUCGCCUCCAGUCACAACUGUCACAUCCAGGAGGAGCAGAAAGGCAGUGGCAAGACUAAAUAUUGAAAUGUUUAAAGUGUGUUUGCUUAAAGUUUUCUGACAGACUGUGCAGCUGUUGGCUGGAAGGCACAGAUGAUGUUUAAAGAGUGUUUUUGACUCUUGGCGUGUGUGUGUGUCUCACUGCAAGACACUGGGGUGAAAACAGAACAGCAAAAAACUAUUUGGGGAGUUCUUCUCAAUAAACAUGUUUAUUUAUUGA